UCCGCCCCGCUCCGCCCCGGCGAGGGGCGGCGGCAGCGGCGGGCCGGGCGCGCGGUGCCCCGCGGAGGCGAAGCGCGGCGGCGGCGCUGCCCCGCGCGGCCGCAGUUGCCGGGCGGGCGGCUGCGGAGCCCCCGCUGCUCCUCCCGCUGCUCCUCCCGCGCCGCGGCGCUGCCUCGCCCCGUCUGCGCCGGCCGCGGCGAACGUUAAAAGCAGCCGCCGGCGGGGCCGGGCGCCGCGGCACCUGCAGCACCGCGCGGCCAUGGAGGUGCAGGUCGGCGUCGGGCGCGUCUACCCGCGCCCCGCGGGCAGGACCUUCCGCGGCGCCUUCCAGAGCUUCUUCCAGAGCGUCUGCGAGGCCUUCCAGGCGCCGGGGCCGCGCGAGGAGCCGGGCCCCAGCCAGCCGCCGCCCUGCGCGCCCGCCGAGCCGCCCGCCGGCCCCUUCCCCGGCGACCUCAAGGAGCUGCUGUGCGAGGCGGGCGCGCUGCCGCUGCUGCCGCCCCCCGGGGUCCCGCUGCAGCCCGAGGCGGCGGCCGAGCCGGCCGGGGGGCACCCGCUGGGCGAGAGCGCCAAGGAGCUGUGCCGCGCCGUGUCCGCCUCCAUGGGGCUGCCCCUGGAGGCGCCCGAGCCGCCCGCCGAGCCGCCGCCGCCGCCGCCGCACGACUGCAUGUUCGCCGCGCGCCCCGACCGCGCCGCCCCGGAGCCGCCGCCGCCGCCGCCCGCCCCGGCCGCCUUCAAGGGCGGCGGCGCCGAGCUCGACGUGCCGCCGGGGCCGCCGCUGUGCCGCGCCGCUGUGCCGCCCGCCCGCGUCAAGCUGGAGAGCGCGCUGGAGCGCGGCGCCUGGGCUGCGGCGUGCCGCUACGGCGCCGAGCCGCCGGGACCGGGGCCACCGCCGGGGCCACCGCCGGGGCCACCGCCGGGGCCAGCACCGGGGCCCGCGCCGCCCUGGCCCGCCUUCUUCGCCGACGAGGGGCAGCUCUACGGGCCCUGCGCCGAGCCGCCCGCCGGCCCCUUCGCCUGCGGCCGCAACGCCGCGCCGCCCGGCCCCGAGCCCGCCGACUUCCCCGCCGACGGCUGGUACCCGGGCGGCGCCCCGGGCCGGCCGCCGCUCGCCGCCGCCUGCGUCAAGAGCGAGCUCGCGCCCUGGGCCGACGCCUUCCCCGGCGCCUACGCCGACGUGCGGUUGGAUACUGGCUGUGAACAUGUCUUGCCGAUCGACUAUUACUUUCCACCUCAGAAGACUUGCCUGAUCUGUGGUGAUGAAGCCUCUGGGUGCCACUAUGGAGCCCUCACUUGUGGCAGCUGCAAAGUCUUCUUCAAACGGGCAGCUGAAGGUAAACAGAAGUAUCUCUGUGCCAGCCGGAAUGACUGCACCAUCGACAAAUUCAGAAGGAAAAACUGCCCUUCCUGUCGCCUGCGAAAGUGCUACGAAGCAGGAAUGACUCUCGGAGCCCGCAAGCUUAAGAAACUGGGCAACCUGAAGAUACAAGAUGAUCCUGAGGCAGGCAGCUCAUCCAGCCCUGCAGAGGAGCAAGCCCCCAAGAUGGUGAUGACACGCAUCGAUGGGUACGAGUGCCAGCCCAUCUUCCUCAACGUCCUGGAAGCCAUCGAGCCCGGUGUGGUGUGCGCUGGCCACGACAACAGCCAGCCUGACUCCUUCUCCAACCUGCUGACCAGUCUGAAUGAGCUCGGGGAGAGGCAGCUGGUCUACGUGGUAAAAUGGGCAAAGGCCUUGCCAGGAUUUCGUAACCUGCAUGUGGAUGACCAGAUGUCUAUAAUCCAGUACUCUUGGAUGGGUCUUAUGGUUUUUGCCAUGGGUUGGAGAUCUUUCACCAACGUCAACUCCAGGAUGCUUUACUUUGCUCCAGAUUUGGUCUUCAAUGAAUACCGGAUGCACAAAUCCAGAAUGUACAGCCAAUGUGUCAGGAUGCGGCACCUCUCUCAGGAGUUUGGGUGGCUUCAGAUCACACCCCAGGAGUUUCUCUGUAUGAAGGCUCUACUCUUCUUCAGUAUUAUUCCAGUGGAUGGCCUGAAGAACCAGAAGCUCUUUGAUGAGCUUCGAAUGAAUUAUAUUAAGGAACUUGACCGUAUCAUCGCUUGCAAGAGGAAGAAUCCUACCUCCUGCUCUCGGCGAUUUUACCAGCUCACCAAGGUGCUGGACUCCGUGCAUCCGAUUGCUAAGGAUCUGCAUCAGUUUACAUUUGACCUUUUGAUUAAGGCACACAUGGUCAGCGUGGACUACCCGGAAAUGAUGGCCGAGAUCAUCUCUGUGCAGGUUCCCAAGAUCCUGUCGGGAAAAGUCAAACCCAUCUACUUCCACGCGCAGUGAUGUGCCGGAGGGGACCUCCCAGUUCUGCCACCCCCAUUUCAGCCGUCUCCUGCCUAUUAUUUCUGCACUACUGUACUGCAGUGCCUUGGGGAAUCCCCUUUAAAGAGACUAUAUGCCGAGAAGAUAGACAGUAACGAGCUACUACCUGCUGGGAUUCCUUUGAUUUCUAUUUUUCCUGUGGUACCUCUGAACUGAACUAUCUGCCAUGGCUUCUGCCUAGAUGUGGCUGGCUCGGUAUGUUGUGACACAUGACGAUGUGACACAGUGUCAGUGGCACCAUGUUUACACGCUCCGGUUUGUGUGUUUCCCACAGUGACUUUUAGUGGCCCAGUGCCACAGGGAAUGACGGAUUAGGAGAAAUGCCACCAGCUGUCAUAUUUUUUUUUUUCUGUAAAACAGAACAAGGCAAGAAGCAGGUUGAACCUCUAAGUUUGGGAGUGGGUUACUUUUCUGGCCUCCUUCAGGACUUUUUAUUUGCAUUAUGGUGCUGGGAAGCAGAUGAGUCUCAAUAUUGUGGCAGAGAAAUAGAGAUGAGUCGGGGAAAGAGAUGAAUUUACAGCCUGAUGAAUGUACAAAAUCUGCUUCUGAGUCAGACAGCCACCUCGUAGUCAUCGUGCAGGUCUGCUCCGGGAGCGUGCUGCUCGCCGCCCGCCCUGCCUGCGUGCACGGCUCUGCAGACCUGCGUGCCCUCGGCAGCUUGGAGGAGCAGUAGGUACUAGCUUACCCAAGGAAAGCCUGAUGCACAGGAGCAUCUGGAGCGUUGCUGUGUCAGGAGAGGGACUGGAGAGGAGUACGACCUUUGGGAGCCCCCGAAGAUUGCCGCUGGCUGUUUCCCAUCCGGGGUGCUUUCCCGAGGACCGUCAGGCGCCCCGGGCCACAGCCCGCCCGCGGGGUCGGGGUGCUCAGCCAUCACAUUCCAGUUCUGGACCGCUUCUCUCCUCAGACACCACGGUACCCCCCUCUCACAAGUGCCUGAAGUCGCUCGAACCGCCGGCUCCCCCCUGCUCCCUUUGGGCACCCGGGCAUCCCCCCCUUUGUGCCCCUCACCUGCUCCGUUCACGUCGGGCGGCUGAAGAUCCAGACUUUCCAGGUAGGCAACUUUCUUUCCACGUGUCCGAACCGUUCCGCAGAGUCUUUCCGAUGCCGGCGCACAAGCGUCCCAGGAGCAGAGCCGCCGGGACUGGCUCUUCAGGAUCCGUGAGGCCGUGGGACUUCAUUAAUCUCAUCCUUUGGGAGAUCGUUGUGGUAAAUGGCAUCGUGUUUCCAUGGCGUUUCAGGGAAUUGUAAAGGAAGUGCUUCAGAGACUUCUUCCCCUUCUUUGUGGUGCACACGGCUCCCAUUAACAUUAGUCAUCGUUGGCAACACGGGGCAAGGCCCGGCCCGCAGACGCCUCACUGCUGCUCGGUGUCCCCGCAGGCCUCACGCGGCCAGCUGAGCGCCGUGGCGGUGCCCGAACGAGGAAGGACGAACAUGCUCUGCAAACACCGGCAUUCAGUUAAAACAGAAAAAAUCAAAGGCUAAUUCUUCUUCAGCUGCUGAUCGCUCUCAGUGGUCAGGAACUUUAGAGAGAGGGAGCUUCAUUUUUCAAGGCAAGUAAACGUUGGCUUGGCUCCAUUUUUUACCUCAAGGCCACAAGGGAACUCAGGAGACAACAGUUGCAUUUGGUUGCAUUUAUUUCGUAGGCUCCACUUGGCAGGGAGUGAUGCAACCUUUGCCCCCCGGUGUUUCGGUCUCCCCGUCCCCGGUGCUGCGAGCCCCCCCGCACGGCGCUGGUCGCUCUGGCUCGCCGUGGCGCGGCGAAGCGCCGGGUGCGGGUGCCGCUGCGCUGGGCCGGAGCUCGGUGCCGGGGCACUAGGCUGGUGUGGUCCUCCAGCACGGAAGCGCUAAAAACGCACGCCAAAUUCAGCAUUUGGAGAGGUGACCCUAAUUGGACAAAUGCUUAACGUUGCGUUGUAUCCCUUUUGUGUAAUCCCAACUAAUCGUAUUUGUCAAAUGUCUUUAAAAAUGAGGCGAAUCUGGACGUUUAAGCCAGCUGAUCACCACAUACGUAGUCUCCCCUCGCUGCCGUGCAGGAAACUGCGAGCUCUUCUGCUUCGGGGACCUUUCGUGAGUUGAGCAUAGCAGUCCAGCUCUUGGGGCAAAGGCCAUGUGGUACAUUUGGGUUCUGUGCAAAGUCUCAGUAAGAGUGCGAGCAUUUAAUUUUCUUGAUGUUUUUCAAUGAUGCUAUGGGCAUUUCAUUAAAAGGAGGGGUGUGGGGAGGGCAAACAAAAAAAAUUGAAGGGGAAAUCUCUUUACAGUUACGACUUUUCCCCUCCUGCUGUAUGUGGCUCUGAUCAUGCUCCUCCUCCUGAAAUCCCUUCCUGCAAGUGUCAACAGAAUCAGCAGAUAACUUUCUUGAAUGCCAGCCAACACGCCACUGUUCUCAAUAGCUUUUCCUGUUUAGAGGACUGCAAGCACUUUAGUGUUGAUACGAUCUACUAAUACUUGCAAAUGAAUCGGUUAAAAGACCUGGCAGUGCCAACAUACAUUCCUCUCUUCUUGAGGAUUUCCUGGCUGUUAGCAGAAGAGUGCAAUGAAAAAGCGGUUGAUAAUGCCCGGAUGUCUGCCAUCAACAGGAGGACGUUUAUGAUCGGUCUGAAUAGCUCCUUUGGAGAGCUUCGUAUUUUGCACGAGCUCACGUCCAUGAAGUUUCCAGUAGUUCAUGAGAGUGGAAGUAACCUGCUGGGUGCCCCUCUGCUGGGAGACUGGGAAGAAAUCAAAUUUCCUAGAGGUCUGCAAACACUCAUUUGCUGGUGAAAGCAUAGUGCAGAAGAAGAAUGGUUUAGGAGGAGGAUGCUGCCUCUGUGUCAUCCGCCUGGUGCGUGCAGCUCGUGUAUGGUGCCUCUGCAGCCAUGGAUGCGUUGGGAAGGACGCACGUUCUCUGGAGUGCCACCCGCGCAGCGGUGUAGCCCACCCCAAAGCUUCUGUGCCGUGGAGACUGUAGUGGGGAACUGGGGUUAUGUUCUGUAUCUCUUCAGUAUCGAAGUGAAUUCUUGCAUUAUUUUUUUUUUAUGCAAAUGCUGGCUUUUUAUGGUAUUAUUAGAGGAAUUACUGGCAGAUGUGGGGGCCAGGAUCAGUAGCAUCUCUGUGUGUAUUUGCUGCGGGGAGGUUAACACUCUUUUUCUGUUCAUUUUCAUUGGCUUCUGCAGGACCUGGAAAAAAGGCGUAAGAAACACCAAAGUCCAGAUCCUGCCAUGUUUCUUUGUACUUUGUGUUAUCUUUUGCAUUUUCAUGCCUACUUUUGCUUUAAUAAAGCAAAGAGCGUCUCACCAUCUAUGUAAUCACCUAGAAGUUGUCUCUAAGACUUCCAUACGGACAGUUUAGCUCGUAGGGUUUUGUUUAGCUCCGGGAACCGAGGAGGCCGAUCGCUUUGUGACGAGCGUGACCUCGGGAGCAAACCGCUUCCAGGUCUCACUUCAGCUUCAUCGAAUCUGCUCUGCUCUCAGCAGCGGACGGGCUUUGUGCUGGGUUAAUUCGGGUCCCCGCUCAGCUCAGCAGCUCCCUUCAAAGGCAGCAGAUGAAGUCAAGGAACACGCGCACGGAUAUUGGCCCAGGAGCAGCAUUUUCACAAGGAAGGGUACAGUCUCAUGAGAUACAGGGUACAAAAUGAGGUAGCACGUAGCUGGCACGGAAGGAAUUUCUCCUCAAUAGUGUGCAAUGCCAGAAGAAGACAGCGUGAUAAAAUGAUGCGGUUUCUUUUCAGAUUGCAUGCAUGGGCAGGCAAGAUUCCUCUGGGCCAACAAAACGAGACCGUGGCUCAGCAAGUUCCACGUACCAACACCCAGCUGCAGGUUUCAGGGAGUUUCGUUUAAUCAAAAUGUCAAAACUAGGCCACUGGCACUCAGGUUGGAGAUGGAGCGUGGGGUUUCUGACGUGCCUGUCACCAUUUUAAUUUCAUUCCCAUAGAAGUGAAGGGCAGCUUUAUGCUUGGCUUCAAAAGAAAGAGAGAUCUGUACACCCUGCACAGGAGGGUAAACACAGAACAAGUCAGACCUGAGGAGGAGAGUGAGGAUGCUGAUCACCAUCAUAGCUUAACACUCGCUGCCCUGGCCUGUCGCUGCUGGUUGGGGUCGGUCCCAUGGUCCAUAGGGAGCUGAGAUGAUACCUGAGGUGUUACCUGCUCCCACCCAGAGAUGCCAGCAGGACCCCGGGGAGGAGCUGGUGUCCCUCGCAUGGUCACCUGCUAACCACAGAGUACCUCGGCAGCUCCUCGGUAUGUGCAGCUGUCACACCGUAUAUUGAUCUCUCUCCUUAGAUGUUUCAAUAGCAUAUGUAUCUGUUCAAGACGUGUAUAUAAGGUGCAUCCCGUUUUGUAUUGCUGAAGAUACCUAUUUGAUGUAAUGCUGCAAGAGGACACUCAGUGCAACUAUUCUUCAGGAGAUGGGUCAGUACUUGGCACUGUUGAUAGAAGCUUUUGAUUUAAACUUGGUUUUUGUUAGAUUCUGACCAGGUUUCAAAGGUCCUGACCGGCGCACACGCUGGCAGCUUGCAGGCAGGUGUCAGUAACUGUUUGUGCAUCUUGCUUUUACCCGGUUCUGGUUAGACGGGGAUAUGUUUGCACUCGAGGGGCAGCAGAGCAUCCCGCGUAUCUGCCCCCUUUGCCUGCCCGGCGCGUCCUCGUGCUGCAGGGCAGAACCCUGGUUUUACAGAGCGAUAGCUGCUCUCCGGCCGUGGUUCGGAGCAGGCUGGCAGGGCUACAGGAGUGCUGCUUCAUGCCGUACCGACCGGCCGAAUCCCUCUGCACCGCCGUGGUGGGGAGCCGGGUGAGCGGAGCCGGGGGCCGCGGGAGAUGCGUGCGGGGGGACGAUGCACCGGGGCGGCGGGGGGAAGGCACCGUCCCGUCCUUGCCCUUGGACAACGGCACGGGAACCUACCUUUACAGUUCAAAAAGUGAAGAAUAUCUGCACCACAUGUGAAACCACGGCAAAUGUGUGACAAGCUGCUCUGUGUGCCAGGUAUUUUGUGUUCUGUGGCAAGUUAAAGCUGUUUUUAUUUGUUCACGUCUCUGUAAUAAAAGAGUUCUCUAUAUCGAUACUUUAUUUUCUUUGUAACAAGCCAAAAAGCUCAUUGCUGGUGCCUUUUUGGCGGGGAGGGCUCCCAGCCCACAGCUACAGUCACGCAGGUAGCAAAGCGUGAUGCCCAGGCGCUGGUUGGCAUCGCCGCGUAGACCCCAGGAGCAGAUGCCGGAGGAGGAGAGCGGUGCUGGCCGGGCAGAGGCUGGCGGGGGACGACGUGGGCUUCCCCGGGCCAGUUUCCAAGCCCAGCGAGUCCAAGGCGAGGGCUAAGCCUGCGGCUUCCCACGCGUGGCAUUGAUGAGCCUUCGCCCCGUCCCGGUGGGACCUUGCUGCUUUGUUAGCCUUUAUCCUCUGCGAGGUUUGCGGUUAUGCUGAAGCGCACACCUAGUCUUCUGUUACAGCUGCGAUGUUGUAGUCUUUUCAGACACUUUUCAAAAAUGGCAGUGUUUUGCCCAAAUUAAUAGCAUCUGAGGCCAAAUUCUGCUUCCAGAGCCUGACAUUAGGUGGAUUAUGGCACAGACUUUGCUUUUCUUUUGGAACUGUGUUCUGGCCUGAAAUGCAGUCAAUAGGGAAAAUAACCUAAAUGUUAAAAUACUGUUGAGACUGGAGAGCAAGUGGCAUCCUGCUGCCUCGGCCAAGGGGACCUGGCUGAACGUGCCCUGGAGAGGACCGUGACUUCAGAAAUCACUCUGCAGCUAUUCUUGUAAUUAACCAAAAAGCCGCCUACCCGGCACCCGGGCUGAAGGGAAAACCAGUCGUGCUGCACUUCGGGAAGUUAAGUACUUCGCUUUUGACUAUUUUAGUCCAUGCUUGGGUCCCACGCAGGCACUUGCCCUGCGUGCGGGACAGACCUUCCUUCAUGCUUGGUGUUCAGCUCUUUUUGUAAUCGCAAUCUGUUGUUGUUCCAGUACAAUAAAGGGCCGAAUCUCGUUCGUUGGGAUGCUGCUGUGUGCGAGUAUUUGGCUUUUCUUUCAGUUACAUGCAUGAGAAAUGUUAUCCAGUGUGACAAAUACUAGCUAUUGGAGAUGCUGGGAAUGAUUGGUUCGUCUUUCAGUGGACAAGGCUGUAUGUUGGGUUAUUCAUAAGCUAUUUUUCACAGUCAGAUUUUGCUAUUAAUCACCUAUAUCUGAACUGUUAAUUCAUUUAUACGUCAAUUGACUAAUCCUUUCAAAUAUGCCUCUCUGAGUCUUUUGAAGUUGAAUUCCAUUUGAUUAAUGUAUUUCUCAAAGCAAGGAGCUAAUAAAGGCCAGUGUCCUCCUCC